AUGAUGAACCAAUCAAGACGUCAUUUCAAACAGCUGAUAAAGAGGCGGUCGAGCCUUUUUGCUAGCGUUAAACUCAAUACCAGCUUCUCACAAAGCCCUGAGGAAGGAGACAGUGCUUUUCCCUUUUCACAGGACAGUUCUGUUAAACCAUGGACAUCGAUGGAUAGACUUGACAGUCCAGCAAAUAAAGUAGAAGAUUUUAAAAAUAAAAUUAUAGAAAAAAAUUUUAAAGAACCAAAGCUACUACACAGACAUUCAGAAAUGAUUAGUAUCAACGUAGGUGGAAAAGUGUUUCGUUUUUCCAGACAUCUAGCCAAUAAAUAUCCUAAAUCACGAAUCGGAGCUUUAGCUAUGUGCUCUGAUCCUGUGCAGCGGCUGACGCUCUGUGACGAUUACUGUGUCAUCAAUAAUGAGGUUUUUUUCGACCGAGACCCUACAUUCUUCCACUACAUCUUUCACCUUUACUACAGUAACGUGCUGUGGGUGAUGGAAAGUGUGUGUCCCAUUCACUUUGAGGAGGAGAUUGAGUUUUGGGGUUUAAACCUAAAGGACACACCUCGGUGCUGUCGGAUCUUGUAUGAGGAAAAAGUGGACGAAAUUCGUGACCAGCUUAAAGUAAAUAAAGAGCUGAUGGCUGAAAUCGAGCCUGCUCACAAUCACGGGGGGUUCAAAACAAUGUUUCUGGGUGAUUUCCGUAAGACUCUUUGGGAUUUAAUGGAAAAUCCGUACUCCUCUGUGGGAGCAAAGUUUUUUGCAGUGUUGUCCACCUGCUUCGUGCUCAUUUCUAUUGUGUCCAUGACUUUAAACACCGUGAGCGAACUUACAGAAUAUAAAGUGUAUGGAAGAACGUACAUGGAGUUUGUCGAGAUCCUUUCGAUUCUUUUCUUCACCUUUGAGUAUUUUCUUCGCCUCUUGACCACCUGCAACGUAAAGAAUUUUCUGAAAAGUGCCCUGAACUUUGUCGACAUAGUAGCGGUGAUGCCGUAUUUCAUCCAACUGGUGUUCGAGGCCUUUUCUGAUCACGAAGAUCUUAGUGUUCAAGAUGACCUCAAAGCGAUGGCACGAGUGAGCAAAGUCAGCAAAGUGCUAAAAGUUGUCAAAUUGAUGAGAAUUUUUCGCAUUCUGAAAUUAGCACGGCACUCGACAGGAAUGCGAGCAUUCGGUUUCACUCUGCGUCAGUGUUUCGAGCAGGUGUGCUGCUUAUUUUUAUUUAUCGUUAUAGGGAUCUUCGUUUUUUCUGCCUUGAUGUACUCAGUGGAACAGGAUGUGAUGGGAACUCCGUUUACCAGCAUUCCAGAUACAUUGUGGUGGGCAGCAGUGAGCAUCUCCACAGUGGGUUAUGGUGAUGUGAUUCCAGGUUCUUUUCCCGGUUGUAUUGUGGCCUUUGGCUGUAUUUCCUUCGGGAUCAUUUUAAGCGGAAUGCCAAUUUCUAUCCUCUUUAAUAAAUUUUCUGAUUAUUAUGCCAAACUCAAAGCACAGGAAUACACCAACACCAAAGUCCAGCGCAGUCUGCACCUCAGGAAACGCUUACAGAGAAAGUUUGAGAGUUGUUUCAAUCCUCAAGAUGAUGAAACAGACAGACAUUGA